AUGGCUAAACAUCAUCCUGAUCUUAUAAUGUGCAGAAAACAACCAGGAAUAGCAAUUGGGCGAUUGUGUGAAAAAUGUGAUGGCAAAUGUGUGAUCUGUGAUUCAUAUGUUCGACCAGAUACACUGGUGAGAAUAUGCGAUGAAUGCAACUACGGUUCAUACCAAGGACGAUGCGUAAUAUGUGGUGCACCUGGAGUAUCUGAUGCCUAUUAUUGUAAAGAGUGUGUAUUACAAGAAAAAGAUAGAGAUGGAUGCCCGAAAAUAGUGAAUCUUGGAUCUUCUAAAACAGAUCUAUUUUAUGAGCGGAAAAAAUAUGGAUUUAAAAAAAGAUGA